GUGUGUGUGAGUGUGUGCGUGUGUGUCUCUCUCUCUGUCUCUCUCUCUCUCUCUCUUCCCCCCUCUUCCCCCUCCCUUCCCAAGCUCUCUAACAUUAAAGCGAAAAUGCUCCUUUCUGUGCCUCCUCGUGCAGGGAUCGCCACUUUUGGCUACAACAAAAGCAACAAGAAGCAGCCUUAUGUCUCAGUGGCUCAACAGAUGGCACCCCCAAGUCCUAGUGGCAGCAGCAACAACAACAGCAGCAGCAGCGGGCCAGGUGGCGGAGGUGGCGGUGGGGACCAGCUGAGCAAAACCAACUUGUACAUCCGGGGUCUGCACCCAGGUACCACAGACCAGGACCUUGUCAAGCUGUGCCAACCGUAUGGCAAAAUUGUCUCUACCAAGGCCAUUCUAGACAAAACGACCAACAAAUGCAAAGGAUAUGGCUUUGUGGAUUUUGACAGCCCCACAGCAGCCCAGAAGGCUGUGACUGCACUGAAGGCUAGUGGGGUACAGGCCCAGAUGGCCAAGCAACAGGAGCAAGAUCCUACCAACCUAUACCUGUCAAAUUUGCCUCUGGGCAUGGAUGAGGCUGAAUUGGAGUCAAUGUUGAAGCCAUUUGGACAGGUCAUCUCUACACGCAUCCUGCGUGAUGCUAAUGGCACCAGCCGGGGAGUUGGCUUUGCCAGGAUGGAGUCCACAGAAAAAUGUGAAGCCAUCAUCACCCACUUCAAUGGCAAAUAUAUCAAGACACCCCCAGGGGUCCCAGCACCCCCAGAUCCACUGCUUUGCAAAUUUGCUGACGGCGGCCAGAAAAAGCGUCAGAAUCAGGGCAAAUAUGUGCAGAACGGACGAGCUUGGCCACGGGAAAGUGACACGGGUGGGAUGACCUUGACUUACGACCCUACAACAGCGCUGCAGAAUGGGUUCUACACAACACCUUAUAGUCUGGCUCCCAACAGGAUGAUUGCCCAGACUGCGCUCUCCCCCUAUCUUCCAUCACCUGUUUCCUCCUACCAGGUUCACAGCCCAUCAUGGAUGCACCAUCAGUCGUACCUCAUGCAGCCCACGGGGACAGUGCUGACCCCAGCCAUGGACCAUGCAAUUUCCAUCCAGCCCACCUCCAUGAUGGGGCCCCUAACCCAGCAGCUGGGCCAUCUGUCUCUCAGCAGUGCUGGCACAUAUAUGCCAGCGGCAGCAGCUAUGCAAGGAGCCUACAUCCCCCAGUACACACCCGUGCCUUCCUCUAGCGUUGGAGUUGAGGAGAACAGUGGCCAGCAGAGCCAUGUGACAGUGGAGUCCCCAUCGGAUCAUGCUGCCUACUCAUAUCAGUACAACAAGUAACAGGUAAGGGGCUGGGGCCGGAGCCCUGCAGGGAUGGUCUCAGUGGGCACAGCGGAAGGAGGAGGGAUGGGACUCCCACCUGCAAGAGACCCUUUUCUGCUUGUGCCAGCGCUGAUCACAGCUGGGUCCAGCCUGGUCCUGCCACCCGCCCUGGUAAUGGCUUCCGUUUUUCAUCCUUCUAGCAUAAUCGAGUGGCUCAGCCCUGAGCAAUCACUUCAAGGGAGACAACUUCGGUGUUUUUGUUUUUGUUUUUUUUAAUUUGUGCUGCAUAUAGAAGAUGGAACCAUUUUUUUUCCUGCAAAGAAAAAUGUUGUUGGUUGUUUUUUUUUUUAACAGAAGAAAAUAACCACAAUAGACUUUUGACAUCAAGGAACCAAAGGAGGUUAGAGUGGGGAUGGAAAAGAAAAUGCUCCCCACCCUUAAAUGUACAGAUGGACUAAGGACUAUUUUAAUAUGAGGAAACCAUUUUUGGGCAUGUACAUGUGUGCUUCUGCGUUUACUUUCAUAACAGCAAAGUCAAGCGUUUUGGAGGCCACCGAGUCCCCAGAGAAGAACAAUAUAUAUGUGUGUGUGUGUAUAUAUAUGCACACAUAUAUUUUUCCUCUCUCUUUUGGAAAGAUUGCUCCGCGCCUCUGAGAGGAAAUGUUUGCUCCUUUGAUUUUUUUUGUUUUCUUUUGUUGUUUAAAAAGUCUUUUUUUAAAGGACAGAUAUGCAAAAGUGUUUGAAUAUUUUUCGUUGUUUUGUAAGAAAACACUCUGAGAAAAGCCCCACCUUGCAGCAGUAGGAUAAAAAUCAAUGCAGACUUUUUUUCUUCUUCGGUGGGAUGGGAGGGGGGAGGGAUUUUGCUUUGAAAGGAUUUAUUUUAUUAUUUCAAGAGGGUAAUUUUUUUUUCUAAAAAAGACAAAUUUACAAAAAAACAAAAAAGGAAAUCUACAAAAAAAUCAACAAAAAAGGAAAUUUACAAAAAAAAAUGAACUUUGAAUGGCAGCAAGAGGGGUUUUAAAUGAAACCUGUCAGGAUGGAGGGUGAGGAUGUGGCUGGUGGCAUCCGGUGAACUGAGACCUUUUUAUUUUUUGGCAUCAACUCUGCCCCAGCCAAAAAAAGAGAGAGAGAAACAGAGUUUGCUCCAGACCUCGAUUUCUGUCCUCCACCCUGUCCAAUGGGACCGGUUCUUGCUGGAUGCUUUGGACUCUGAUUUGAGCUUCUGCGCAGAUCCUUCUUUGCUUCCACAUGGAUCUUCCCCUCGCCUCUCCCCCACGCCCUGGAUCUGGGGAACAAUAAACUGAUUGAGGAAUCUGCUGCCAGUGAUGUGUCGUUGCUUCUGGAUUCUUGGACAUUGAAUGGACAUGUUGCCAGCUGCAGCGCUUCGCCCCUGGGACACAGACAUACACACACACACAGUGCCUUCUGCCGCCUGCGGUCCGGACUGUGCUGCCGUAUGCCCAUCUCCAAUUCCUGCAUGCGUGUCAAGCCCAGGUGCACAGUGCAUCUAUUCUCUUGACAAGCCCGUUGGGGGGCAGGCGAUGAAACUUCUGACUGGCAGGGACUGGGGGAGGUCUGUUCCGGUUGCUUUAAACAAAACAAAACAAAAAAACCAGGGAGCAUCUAGCACCUUGCAGGGGAUGGCUGUGCUUCCCCCACCCCACCCCAAACAGAGAUCCUAGUUACUAUGCACGUCCCCCCACCCCAGCCCUUGGUUGCUGGCUCCCCAGAUUCGCAAUAGCAGGAGACUUAUGUGCAAUAAUCCGUCCCUUCCUACAGCGCGUUUCUCUGGAGAGCCUCUUGAAGGUACCAAGUGCUUUAGACACCUCUGCAUGUUUCCUCCCUGUUUCUCCUUCCCCCACCCCUCCCCAGUUGCUUCCCCCAACCUAAUGGUGCUAAAAAAAGUCUUACCUUCUCCAACAUCAUAAAAUCUCCCCAACCCGG